GACAAACGACGCUCAUUGAGAGCAGAGGUUUAAACGACCUGUGAAACAGCAGGAGACACAAGAAACCAUCAGACACAGCUGAGAGGAUAAAGUGACAAGAUCUGUGUCCGGGUGAUAUCAUCAUUACACGUGACGCAGAUGGCAAUGGCUACUGGUGUUGGCCCAGUUCUGGGGUGCCUGGUUAUUUGUUUGCUGAAUCCCAGCACAGGAGAGAGGAUUUACCAUAACCGUGAUCGCUCCGACAUGAGGUUACCGGACCAAGUGAAACCUAUAAUUACUCCCAAAUCAGCACAGCGUUAUCUAUGGAGGUAUGGCUGGAUUGAGCCUGUUCGUUGGGAGUCUUUGCCAUUCCGUGGGAUUGCAGCACCACCUGGGGAGAAUGUGGCCCCUCCGGAUAUAUCUGCUCUUAUAAGUGAGGGUCGUUCCUCUGCUGUACCAGACCGUCUCCCAGUUCCUGAACCCAGUCUGAGUCCACGGUUCCUGGGCGCUCUGCUUAAAUUCCAGAUGGCCAAUGGUUUGAAGGUGACAGGGGAACUAGAUGAUGCUACACGAAAAGCAAUGAAUGCACCACGCUGUGGCGUACCUGAUCUCAAAACAUCUGAAGACUAUAUCACCCAAACAAGAUCACAGGAACUUAGGCAAGAGGAAAAUGGCAACACCUCUGAAAGAGGACAGGGUGGAUGGGAAUCUAAGUAUGGAGAAGGAAAGGGUCUCUCGUGGCGGGGAAAAAGCUUAGGCCUUCAGCUGGUGCAACGUGCAAGGAGGAGACGCAGUCACCUGCUCAGUGCUGGAGUGAAGAAAUCAGCAUUUGCCAAACACACCGUAAAAUGGAGACUGCUUGGGGAGGGCUACAGUGUCAAGUUGUCAGUAGACCAGCAGCGAUACGUACUAAGGCUUGCGUUCCGUAUCUGGAGCGAGGUUGUCCCACUCAAUUUUGAGGAAGACCAGACCUCCCCAGCUCACCUUAUUGACAUCAAGUUAGGCUUUGGGACACGUCGGCACCUGGGUUGUUCUCAGGUUUUUGAUGGAAUGGGUAGAGAGUUUGCUCAUGCUUGGCAGCUGGGGGAUAUUCACUUCAAUGACGACGAGCAUUUUGUGACUCUGAACAGUGAGCAGGGCAUCAGCCUCCUUAAGGUUGCAGUUCAUGAAAUCGGCCACGUUCUUGGUCUCAGUCACAUGAACCAGCUGGGCUCUGUCAUGCAGCCCAAUUAUAUCCCGGAUAAUACUAACACAGAGCUGGACCACGUAGACAGGAAAGCCAUCCAACGGAUCUAUGGUCGGUGCUCCGGGAGAUUUAACACCGUAUUUGAUUGGGUACUUCAGGAGCGUGGACCGUGGGGGGAGCCUGUGAUACGGUUCUACACCUACUUCUUCCGCCAUGGCUGGUAUUGGCGCUAUGAGAAUCACAGCAACAGGACCCGGCGUGGGGACCCUCGGAAGGUGGAGCUUGGCUGGACUGGGAUUCCUCGCUCUGACAUUGAUGCAUUUCUACAAAUUCGAAUAAGGAAUAAAGACCUAACCCUGUUCUUUAAAGGGUCCCAAGCCGCCCUCCAAACCAUCCUGGGCAAAAUGUCAGACCAGACAAUCCUCAACCUAGGGAACAAAUCCACCAAUGUCCCUUUUCAUACUUCUCACCAACUCCCUCUGGGGGAAUAA